CAAACUUAUUCUUUUAUGCUCUCUCUCCCUCUCCCAUAAUCCGAUAUCUGUAAACUGUAAACAAAUGAAAGAAACUAUCUUAUCGAAUGGUGAUGUUAAGCAAGGUUUCGUACAGAACUCAACUGGUCACAAUCAAAGGACCAAAACUGAGGAAGUUAUAGUGAUUAAUGGUGACAACAAGGAUGUGAAUGGCAAAGAUUUACAUGUCCUUGAAGAUGAUAAUAGACAAAUCAAGGCUAACAGUUCUUUUCUUCAUACUGUUCUUAACAUGGCCGGGAUUAUCAUAGGACUUGGGCAACUGUCGAUACCCUAUGCUUUACAAAAUGGUGGUUGGGCCUCUGCGUUCCUCCUUGUAGGGUUUGGUGUACUAUGUACAUACACCGCACAUCUACUGGGGAAGUGUCUAAAAAGGAACGAAAAUGCAAGACACUACUCAGAUAUUGGAUAUCAUGCAUUUGGGAACAAAGGGAGAACCUUAACUUCAACAUUUAUAUACCUUAUGGUCUUCAUGGCCCUUGUUUCAUACACCAUCUCACUAUGUGAUAACUUGAAUAGGAUAUUUGCUGAUAAACACCUUCAAAUUCCAUGGCUUCAUUUAUCUACUUCUCAGCUUCUAACAGUUACCGCAGUCUUAAUUGCCUUACCUAGCUUGUGGGUUAGAGACCUUUCUACUGUAUCAUUACUUUCCACUGCAGGUAUUUUUAUGACACUUCUUAUCUUCUCGACUGUGGUAUAUACUGCCAUAUUCAGUGGUGCAAAAAGUAAUCGAGAAAUAGCUGUGCUUCGACUACACAACAUUCCUGCAAUAUCGGGUCUUUAUGUGUACUGUUUUAACAGCCAUUUCGUUUUCCCUAACAUCUACAAAUCGAUGAAGGAUCCUUCAAAGUUCACAAAGGCAUCUAUUGUGAGCUUCGCCUUAGUAACAAUCUUGUACACGUCCAUGGCCUUCAUGGGAGCAAAACUGUUCGGCCCCGAAGUAAAAUCUCAGGUUACUCUUAGUAUGCCUAAACAUCUCAUUGUUACUAAAAUCGCAUUAUGGGCAACUGUACUGACGCCAAUGACAAAGUACGCAAUUCAGUUUGCACCUGUAGCAAUGAAACUGGAUCACAAACUUCCAUCCACGAUAAGUUACCGAGCAAGGUUUCUCCUUAGAGGUGCUAUAGGUUCAUUACUACUAUUAUGUGUCCUUGUUUUAGCUCUUUUAGUACCUUUCUUCCAACAUGUUCUUGGCUUGGCUGGUUCCCUUAUUAGUAUGAGUCUUUCAAUCAUAUUUCCUUGUUCCUUUUACACCAAAAUUUUCUGGUCUCAGAUAUCAAAACCUCAGUUAGUUCUUAAUGUAGUUAUCAUAACAUUUGGCGUUAUUUUGGGAGCAUUUGGUACGGUACAAUCCUCAGAGUCACUUGUACAAAGUCUAGAAAGAAGACAUGCACAAUGAGAGGAAAUCAAAAUAUUGUUCUUAUGUUAUCGUCUUGUAACGUGAAGCUUUAGCAGUGUGUUGCUAAAAAGAUUGUCAUGUAAUCUUUUUUUACCCUUUUCUUUGCUCUAUAUAUAUCGUGAGAGCAAGUACACCAAAAAUAUUUAUAUGUAAGUUGUUCUUUCGGGACGUCCGAAUAAAGAAGGAACAAGCAUUAA